AGUGAAGUUGUCAGGGAAAAAAAAUUUUAAAAAAAAAUCUGCUCUGAGGGCUUGGUUUGGAUACAGCAGAUUUCUGACACUUUCAGUGCUCCGAAUUGCAGAGCCCCAAGCACUGCUACGGAAAUCCUCGGGCUGUGUAAUGCUGUGUGCACAGCCACUCUCAGUUAAGCCCCAAACAAGCAUCUCUGUGUUCUUCGUUAAUCGCCAGCCCAAUUAGCACCUUGGUUAAGAUGCUGAGAGGUUCCAGUCCUCCUCCCGUCAGAGCUGGGAUUGUUCUAGUGAAACUCUCUCUCUGCCUAUGCAGUGCUCUGUUCACAACACUUUCAGUUCUCCUGGAGCAGCGUGAUAAGUCUGCUAACUCAUUAACACCUCCAGCUUACAGGAGACUUGGCUUCCAGCCCCUUCAGCAGCCCCGGGCUCCACGCUCCAGGAAGUUUUUCUGCAGUUUCUGUUUUGGUUUCUUUUCCUGCUGAGCCAGGCUGGCAGUCAGCUCCCACCAUGAAGCUGCUGAAGGCUGCUGUGAUCUUUGUUCUUGCGCCCACUCUGACGCCGGCUUUGGCGCUGGAGCCGCUCAGCGUGGGCCUGGCCAUCGGCGUGGCCUCGGCGCUCACCGGCUACCUGUCCCACCCCAGGUUCUACUGCAGCUACGUGGAGUGCUGCCCCCGCGCCGGGCAGCGCCUCAACGCCAGCGCGCUGAAGGCGCAGCUGGACAACCGGCUCUUCGGGCAGCACCUGGCCAAGGACGUGGUGCUGAAGGCGGUGCUGGGCUUCAGCAACAACCCCAGCCCCAAGAAGCCGCUGAUGCUGUCGCUGCACGGCUGGGCCGGCACCGGCAAGAACUUCCUCAGCCAGAUCCUGGCGGAGCAGGUCCACCCCGCCGGCCUGCGCAGCAAGUUCGUCCAUCUCUUCCUGGCCACCCUGCAUUUCCCCCACCACGACCAGGUCAAGCUCUACAAGGAACAGCUGCAGAACUGGAUUCGAGGCAAUGUCAGUGCCUGUCCCUCCUCUGUCUUCAUUUUUGAUGAGAUGGACAAAAUGCAUCCUGGUGUCAUUGAUGCCAUCAAGCCCUUCUUAGACUAUUACGAGGAGGUUGAUGGGGUGUCCUACAGGAAAGCCAUCUUCAUCUUCCUCAGCAAUGCAGGUGGUGAUUUAAUCAACAAAGCAGCUUUUGACUUCUGGUCAAGUGGAAAGCGCAGGGAAGAUAUUCAGCUGAAAGACCUGGAGCCCUUGCUCUCUGUAGGAGUCUUCAACAACAAGAACAGUGGGCUGUGGCACAGCAGCAUCAUUGACAGGAACCUGAUUGACUACUUUGUCCCUUUCCUGCCCCUGGAGCACAAGCAUGUGAAGAUGUGUGUCAGGGCCGAAAUGACCGCCCGUGGCUACGCCGUGGAUGAGGAGGUUGUCCAGGCAGUGGCUGAUGAGAUGACCUACUUCCCCAAGGAGGAGAAGAUCUUCUCUGAUAAAGGCUGCAAGACUGUACAGGCCAAGCUGGAUAUUCAUGAAGACCUUGUGAUGAGAGAUACGAAAGCCAGGGUUUGAUUGCUACUUCGAGUCUCCAAAGCACUUUCAGAGGUUUUGGAAAUCUGUGUAUUUGCACUUACACUUUUUUACUGUUGCAGGGAGUAUGAUGAAAAUACCAGCAUGAGCUGUAUGGGCUUUGUAGCUUGUGUACUUGAUUUUAGGGGUUUUUUUGGUUGUUUGUUUUUUACCUUAACAUAGAAUUGGACUUAAGAGAUCAUCUACUGCCAUCCUCUGCCACGGGCAGGGACACUUUUACUGAAUCAGGUCACUCACAGUCGCACCCAGCCUGGCUUUUAAGCACUGUUCAUCUCUGAACUGGCUGGUAUCCCAGUGUUGCCCCCUUUAGUUUUCUUUUAAUCUAUAGAGAAUUUCUAGUGUGACAUACAGCACUGGAUACAGCCUCUCCUGCUUUAUUCUUCCAGAGUGCUGGGAUUAUUAAGUAUUUGAUUUCUCUAGGUUGGAACAAAGGAAAACAGAGGAAUUUUUCCAGAUAGUCAUAUUCCUUUCCAUGUACACGGUCCUGUUCAUAUUCAUGUUGAAAUGGAGGGAUGUGUGUAGUAUUCUGAACUAUGACUAUAUCUGCAAGGGUGAACUCCUUGGUGCAUUGCAGUAAGAGGAUGAUGUGGUAGAAAUCUUCUGUGCUUCAGCUGGGCAUCAUCCUACAUCUGCUAGUACAGUAAUAUGAGAAGUCAUGAUGAGCUCCUAGAAAUCUGUUUGUUACUAAAUAAUAGAGAAAGGGCAGGGGAAGAGGAAGUAAGAACUUGCCCCAAGUUUCUUGUUAAAAGUAUUCUUUAAAGGGACUAACUAAAUUUGUGACUCCAGGUCUUCCUGAACUGAUGAACCCAUCUGAGAGAUGUUACAACAUGCUAGGCCAGUCUUCUGUACUUAAGCAGAAAACUCUCUCACGAGAAUUUGACUGUUGGAGUUUGUCAGGUUAAUCUGUCUGUGGGCUCCUGGGCCUGAAGUCUGCAAGAUCUUUAGUAGUCUCUCACUGCUGCUCCUAAUGGUCAAGGUGUGGAUAAUGCUGCUCUCACCUUGCUUGGAAGACAUUUGAAUGGAAGAAAUUAUUUUUAAAAGUGUAUUUUUAUGCUGAAGUGUAAGCAACAGUAACAAUCCUAUACCUCACUAGUUAGGUAUGCUUUCUAGUAGCUUUUAACGUUAAGGAAUGCUUGUUUGAAAGGGUGCGUGAUGAGUUAAGAAGCUGGGAAAGAUCAAUUUAACCUUCACCCAGUGGGGAGGCUAAGUUUUAAAUGCUGUUGCAAGCUUUAACUCUUAGUCUCCCAUCACGUGUGUAUUGAGUGUUGUAAUGCCAGACGGAAGUGCCUUUCACUUUGUUGAUUGUACUGUGGUUUUAAAUUGGUACAAGAGAUGGGGCUGGUUUUGUGCUGCAUCAUCUGCUCCCUCAUUUGUUCUUAAACUUCCUUGAAGAGGUGAUGCUAAAUUAUAGCUCUCAUUACAAUUAUGUUCAUUCAAAUUACAGCAGAGAGUUUAGCGCUCAUGUUAAGCUCUGAAUUAAAAGUGUUGAUUGCCUUUUACAGCCCUACUUGUGUUUGUCAAACGUUGGCAAACUGUUCACAGUGAUGCAAUUUCCAGAGCCAAACACUAGCAAGCCAUUAACCUUGGGACAUUGGACUGUCACUUUUCAGUGUGAUGUUUUUCCUACUAACUGAUUUAUUCAUAGUUGUACGUGCUGCAUCCAGUUUCACUUACUCCAAAAAGAAAAUACUCGUGCUAUUUCAAAACACUAAAUACUACCGUACUGCAGUUGCAAUAAAACCUAAGUUACUUCU